UUAAAGAAGCUGCUGCUGACUCCACCAAACAUCCCCUCAAGCAUCGACGUGCACAAAGAUGGAGUCCACAGCCAUCGCUACAGAAACAGAAGCCUCUGCCUACGAUCAGUCAGACCGCUGGCCAAG